AUGGACCUUCUCCAAAAUUUUCGGGUGCCAAACUUUGCAACUUUCUCAGGAGAAGGCAACCAAUUGACUCUUGAGCACAUUGGCCGUUUCACAUUAAAAUGUGGUCCACUCAGCAACAACGAUUGGUAUAAAAUGAAGUUAUUCUCUAACACCCUCACUGAGACUGCCUUCAAGUGGUAUCUAAACUUGCCACCAAAUUCCAUCCACACUUGGCAACAGAUGCAGAAUGUGUUCCAUGAUCAGUUCUAUAGGACAGAACCAGAAGUCUCUAUGUCCGACCUAUCUAGGAUCCAUCAGUUGUCAAAUGAGGAUGUUGAGACAUUUUUGGCUAGGUUUAAGAAGGCACGAAAUAGGUGCCAACUUACUUUGCCUGAAGAAGAGUUUGUUAACUUGGCCCUUCGCGGUUUAGACUUUGAAUUACGAAAGAAGUUCGAGGGUACUCAUUGUGGAGAUUUGUUCCAAUUAGCCGAUAGGGUUACCAAGUAUGAAAAAAUCUUACGAGAGGAAAACGAGAGGAAAAACUCCUCUCAGGGGACCUAUUAUAAGGACCCUAAUUAUGAAAUACACAUGGUUGAUACAGUAUAUGAUGACCUAGAGGUCGAUGCUGUUGAAAUUAUUUCAAAAAAACCAUAUGUAUGUAAAGCUUUAGCUAAGCCCUUAGAGACUGUUAGCGGUGUUCAACCCUCAUCAUCUUCAGCCAAAAGGAAUAUCUUUGAGGCUGGCAAACAAUAUGCUUUCGAUAUAAGUAAAGCAGAGCAAAUCUUUGACCACCUGUUGUCUGAUAAAAUUAUCAAAGUCACUGGGGUACAUAAAAUACCUUCAGCUGAUGAAAUCAAGGGUCGAGAGUAUUGCAAAUAUCAUAACUCCUGGAAUCAUGCAACUAAUAAUUGUGUUGUCUUUCGUAAUGUGAUUCAGGUACAGAUCGAGAAGGGGGCAUGGAAGUUCCCGGAGAAGAAGAAGAGGUGA